AUGUUGGACCUAAUACCGACUCAAGACACAGAAUCAUAUCUCUUAAAAACUCAAAAUGCCAUCACAAACCUUCAAGCGCAGCUACAGUCUUCUAGAACAAACAACUUCAGCACCAUCCCUUCUCAGCUCACCUCUAGUCUUCUCAGCGAGAAAACAACCAUAUCUCGCCUCCCGAUCUCACAGCUCAGCCGCUCCAACUCACUUAACUAUCGACUCAGAAAGAAAGACCACUCCAAUGACAGCAGUCCGUUAAGAAGUCCUGGCCAUUACGUCAUAACUGGAUCAACUAAAGUUCCAGAAAGUACUAAAACACUCCUCAAUUCAGCCACUAGGUCUUUAGACACAGAUCGGCGUCAUGAUUCUAACAUGAAUAGUCCAUCAUCAGAAAGAGGAUUACAGUCAAAUAGUUCUGAUGAUAAAACGUUGUCAAAUAGACCCCACUAUGUUGUGGAAGCUAUUCUAUCACCACACAGAAACUCCCAUUCCAGGAACAGAAUAAUUGAAGGCAGAGUGCAUGAUAAUAUAACUAACGCGAACUCGACAGUUUGCCUCAAGACUGUGUUGAAAAACAACGUCUUAGAUUCGAAGUAUCCAAGGAUUGAUCAAACCCGUAGUCAAGGCAACAAGAAAAGCCACCAGCGGGUUCUCAGCGAUAGUCUAAAGUUCAAAUCGAAUAACAUCGGUUUUGGUUCAUCGAUUAAGAGGUCCAGUUCUUUCAAUACUGUAAAUAAGAACAACAAUUAUCUGGAUCAGAGAAUAACAUCCAGACGUUCCAGUGGACACUCUGAGGAAUACAAGGAUUAUUCAGAUGAAUCUGACACCGGAUUUUACGAUAAAUCUCAAGAUUUAAGAUACAAGAGACAGAUUAUUAGUAGAGGCAGAAUUGAAUCACCUAAAUUAAAGUCUGUCGCACCAGCUAAUUCGCCACGGUGUCCCAACACACCAGAAAUGCACAGGAAAUUUGGCCCAGGAAUGGUCAGGAAUUCUGUGAGGGUGACAACUAAAGAGAGAUUGAGUCCGAGAGUUUCUGAGCAACCAAUUGUGAGGGAGGAGAGGACGAAACCGGGUAAUCAUCAGAGUAGGAGAUCCACAGAACCUAGGCCAACGACUUUAAGCCGAUUAAUAAAGUCAAGGUCAUCUACUAGAGAAGUGUGCCAGCCCAAGAAUUUAGAUAAAGGACCAAAGAAACUUAGCCAGCACCGCUCAUCAUCAGCUCUUGCUACUAAAGAGAUAGAGUUCUCUAACUGGAAGAAACGUUCAUCCUACGACCCAAUGAAGGCUGCCCAGGAAGGCAAGAGGAAACAGCAGUUGGCUAAACGGCAAGAUUGUAACAAGGAUGAUCUAAGUUCACCGAGCCAUUCAUCACCGGUUCACCGCUCUCAAUCCUUCCACACAACCAACAUCGCCGACCUAGAAACCUUGGACUACUCCUCAGAGGAGACAGAAGACGACCUAGUGAUCACACUGCCAGUCGACCCAAUGAUCACCUCAACCCAUUCGGAUAUAUUGGACUUGAGGCCUAAGGACUACAGGGAGAAUUUAAGAAGACAGGCUAUGACGAAUGAUGUGGUUCUAGCCAGGGAUUAUGUCGCAAACUUCCAGAUAAACCAACACGCGCACUCGGAUAAAAAUCGUCGCAAUAUCUAUGGCAUCAACUCGGAGAAGCGCAAAACUUACAUCAUAGACGACAUAACACCAACCAAAGAGAAUAUAGACUUUUUGACAAAGACAAGACAAGAAGAGUUGACCAUAGACAAAAGGAAAACUUUCAUUCUUGACAGUGACACUAAUUCGACAACGAAUGGUAGUAGUCCAAGGAAUUCAUCGAUAUUCAGUCACGAGAAGAACUCGUUGACGACGGGAACUAGUGAUACGGAGGGUGAGAGCGGGACAGAGAGUGCGCCGGUCGUGAUGAGGCAUCCGGGAGGGAAAAGGAGUGCUCCGGUGCAGGCUAAACAGAGGUACAGCGGUGACUAUUCCAUGUCAUCGUCAACGACCUCAAUAAGCCGCAAGCAACCGAUCCAGCCGCGAUACUUGGACAUAUCUAAGUAUAAGAACGAGCAGUCUCCAAAGAACUUCCUUCGAAGGGACCCCAGCAAGACGUACGUUGGUGUCCUGGGAGAAACUAAGACUGUUAGUAAAGGAAGUGCUCAGCAUUAUGAAAUGGAACAAAAGAAGCAAGAGUUAGAGAAGUGGAAACGUAGGGCUUCAUACGACCCGAGGAAAGCGGCGGCCCUCGGGAAGUCAAACAAGCCUCAGUCAAAGACCGCCAGUAGCGUACUCCGGUCUCAAUCGUUCCACGGUCCGGUGCUGACUUCUCCCGGGCUCCGCCCCCCACCGGACCAGAUCUGCGAGACGUACGACGCGUCCAGCGACAACGACUUCUAA